GGGUGACGUUCGGGUCUGGAAUGUCCCAGUCACAUGAGAUCGACUAGAGGAAGUUGUUUUCUUUAGCCCUGUCACGGUAUAGGUCUAGUCCGGACGCUUUUCUGUAAGGUCGACACUGAAGUCAAGGGGAACGCGCGAACUGCAGGAGGCGGCGGCAAGAUCAGCCGUCAUGAAGGUCCUCCUGUUUCUGGGGACUUUCCAGAUCAUGGUUCUGGCUGUCACUGCCUCACCGUUAGUUGACCCACUGCUGACUGAAGGCUGGAGGAAUUGGAAGGCGCUUCACCAGAAGCAGUAUACAGAGACUGAAGAACAAAUGCGGAGAAUGGUGUGGGAGAAAAACUUCAGGUUUGUUGCAUAUCACAAUCUGGAGUACUCGAUGGGUAAACACACCUAUAAUCUUAAAAUGAACCAAUUUGGAGACAUGACCUUGGAAGAGUUCAAUGAGCAGAUGAAUGGAUUCCGCCUCUUAAAACCCAGGAACUCAUCCCGGCAACUUGCAAGGAUUCCAGAAUUGAUUGAGAUUCCAAAGAGUGUUGAUUGGCGCGAUAAGGGCUAUGUCACUCCAGUGAAGAACCAGGGUGCCUGUGGCUCAUGUUGGGCUUUCAGUUCAACUGGAGCAUUGGAGGGACAGACCUUUAAAAAGACGGGAAAACUCAUCCCACUAAGUGAGCAGAAUCUGGUGGAUUGCUCAGGACCACAGGGGAAUCAAGGAUGUGGUGGCGGAUGGAUGGAAAAUGCUUUCCUGUAUGUACAUGACAACCAUGGGAUUGAUUCUGAGGCUGGAUAUCCCUACACUGGAAAUGAUGAUCCCUGUAAUUAUAAGGUCGAGUACAAAGCUACCAAUUGCACCAAUUACUUUUUUGUCCCUCAAGGUGAUGAAAAAGCUUUAGCUCAAACUGUUGCUAAGGUUGGACCUAUAUCUGUUGCUAUUGAUGCCAGUCAUCAAUCCUUUCAGUUCUACCAUUCAGGUAUUUACUAUGAACCCAGUUGCCUACCUUAUAUUAUGAGUCAUGCGGUACUGGUAGUUGGAUAUGGAAUUACACCUGAUUCGAAGUACUGGAUUGUUAAAAACAGCUAUGGUGUUGAAUGGGGAAAUGAGGGCUACAUUUUAAUGUCCAGAAACAGGCAUAACAACUGUGGAAUUGCGACGCAUGCCGUCUAUCCAGUGAUUUAAAGAUUUUUUUGAACAGAGUCCAAGAAUGCGAAGACUUCUGAGGGCGUGCUUCUUCUGUUGUGUGCGUUGGGUUUUACGUUAUUUUAAUUACUGUUGCUUCACCUUACAACUUUGAUCGGAACCAUCACUCCCUGUGUUGAUUUUAAUAUAAAUUGUCUUGUCCUGGAACAGCACAUGUAUUGAUGAAUGUUUUGAAUGAGGGAAUUAACAUACUUUCACUGAUUGACAUUGAUUGCUGAGCGGGGCUUGUCAAUCACAGACUCUGGUUGCCUAUUCAAAACCCAGUGCACUGCCCUGCUGGCCAAGGCAGUGCUUCACUCUCUCCCCUUGUUUGGAUUGUGGAUGGAGCCCUUGUUACUGUUUCUGACUGUGAUAUCCAACAAAAUAGAUGGGCAUGGCCAGGUUAAAUUGCCAGUGUUGGCAUUUGGUUCUGGUGCCUAGAAUGUCAAACUGAUGUUCUCGAUGUAAGUCAACCAUUAAAUGCUAAAUUCUUAACAUAGCGACAAUAAAAGGGAAUAAUUAUGUAGAACCCUUCAGACAUCUGCAAUGUGAUUUAUACUUCAUGUUUACAAAUAAUAAUAAAUGCAUCAUUUCCACAAA